CGCUCCAAGAACACUUGCUUCCCCUUUUCCUUUUAGAUUCCAAAUGUCAAGCUGGGAAUUGUUCUAUCACUUUCUGACAGCAAACAAUAUUUAUACAGACAAACCAGAAGCAUACGGUGUUGGUUAGGGUACAAGCUUUAGAAACCAACGAAUCGUCGGCAUACACUAGUACAGAUGAUGUUACAGUAAGACCGACGCACCAGAUAAAGUUGCAGUUAACUUAGAAGUCAGUAGUCAAUAGUGUCCAAUCUAAACAUAAACUAAUCGUUCAAUUCCGAUCUUUUUUUUGCAUGGGGGUACUUGCUCAAGCUUAAAAAGUAUAUUAGUCUCCUCAGAAGCCAUGGCUUUCUCCAAGCGUGGCUACCAUAACUUCGCGGUGGUCGCACGUGUUCUGGACGAAGAUCCUGAUGUCUUUUCUGUGACGAGAGAGGUCCGAAGCAAUGGUUGUACAUUCGGUGGAGAGCAUGAUGACAGGGCUGGGGCCCCAUACCGCGGCCGCAAAGGCCAGGGAUCCCACAGGGCACGCUCUUAUGGCGAGGGCCCCCGCAGGGACAGAACCAGGGGCGGUCACCAGGCCAACUACACAGGCCCCGGACCGCGAUCCAGACUUGACGACAUGGACGCCGAUGUAACCAUGAGCGACAACUCCCAGGACGGCACCUCUCAGCGCAGAUCCAAGCCGUACAGCCGGCCUUAUCGCCGAGGAGACGGCCGCUUUGACAGAGACCGGAGAGGGGGCCGGGGAGGAGGUGGAUAUAAAGGAGACGGAGGAGGAGGCGGAAGAGGAGGUGGAGGAGGAGGAGGGAACUCUAGUGGUGGAGGAGGAGGAGGAGGAGGGAAGAACCGGACAGGCUGGUACAAGAUGACGAUACCGCACGGAAGAAAGUACGACAAGAAGUGGCUGAUGACGGCGCUCCAGAACAUCUGCUCGGUGCCCUUCAACCCCGUGAACUACAAUGUUGACAACUACAGGGCCCAUUUCUACGUGGAUGACGUCGCUACGGCAACCGCCCUUCACAAAUGUUCCCACAAGAUCACAGACGCAGACGGCUAUAAGGUGGAGGUCCAUAUGAACGCGAGCGGCCCUCCGGCCUUCCUGCAGUCGGACCUGAAACCUGAGGACUUGGAACUCUUAAAGCAAUGCAUGGGAAAGCGUUUCGACGGCUCCCAGCAAGCACUGGACCUGAACACCCUCCGGACGGACCCAGAGCUGGUCUCCCAGAACAUUGACGUCAUUCUGAACCGGAAGACGACUAUGGAAGCUGUCAUCAAGAUCAUUGAAAAGGAAAUUCCAGAGUUGGUGUCCUUAAACCUGAGCAACAACCGCAUCCAGAAGCUGGACGAUUUGUCCAACCUGGUUGGCAAGGUGCCCAACCUGAAGACCCUCAAUCUCUCCAACAACGAGCUGAAGUCGGACAGAGAGCUGGACAAGAUCAAAGGGCUGAAGCUGGGAGAGCUGUGGCUGGAGAAGAACCCUCUGAGCAACAGCUUCAAAGACCAGGCCUCCUACAUCAGUGCCGUGCAGACAAGAUUUCCCAGGCUCCUGAAAUUGGACGGACAAGACCUCCCGCCACCCAUUGUAUUUGACGUGGAGACGCCCACCGUCAUCCCCGCCUGCAAGGGCAGCUGCUUUGGCUCGGAUGAAAUCAAGGCCAUCAUCCUCCGCUUCCUGCAGCAGUAUUACAGCAUAUACGACUCCGGGGAUAGGCAGUCCCUGCUGGAUGCCUACCACGACGGGGCCUCCUUAUCUAUGAUGACGCCGUACUCCACUCAGAACCCUUCAAGGAGCAGUCUGGGAGAGUACCACAAGGACAGUCGCAACCUGAAGAGGGUCAAAGACACUACCCUGCGCUACCGUCUGCUGAAACACACACGGCUCAACGUGGUGGCGUUCCUGAACGAGCUGCCCAAGACGCAGCACGACACCGCCUCCUUCAACGUGGACGUGAACACCUACACAACUACCCUGCUGUCGUUCACUGUCAGUGGAGUGUUUAAAGAAGUGGAAGGCAAAUCGCGAGACUCCACCAUGGCCUUCUCUCGAGUGUUCGUCACGGUCCCAGCCGGCAAUUCAGGACUAUGUAUAGUCAACGACCAGCUGUUUAUCCGGAUGGCCACGACGGAGGAGAUACGCAAGGCGUUUGUGGCCCCAGCCCCCACCCCGUCCUCAAGCCCCGUGCCCACCCUCACAGCCCCCCAGCAGGAGAUGCUGUCGGCCUUCUCCCUCGAGUCCGGCAUGAACUUUGAGUGGUCCCAGAAGUGUCUUCAGGACAACGAAUGGGAUUUCCACAAAGCUGCUGGGAUCUUUACAAAGUUGAAGAUGGAUGGCAAGAUCCCAGAUGUUGCCUUCAUAAAGUGAAGAUGUUAUUCAAGGAGGAUAGUGACAUUGGUUUCAGGCGAAGAGCUCUAUUUUCUAUGGUUUUUGUUCCAGCCCCAUCCUUUGGUCUGUUCAAUGGAUUAUAUUAAGACCAAGAGACAUAUUUUGAUUUCAUUGUUUUAAUGACAACAAUGUCCUCGCUGACCUAAAUCUUAUAAUAAAAUUUUGGUUCUUAAUGUUA